UCAGAGGGUGAAUCCAGACCUGGAGCAUUCCUGAAGAAUAUCAAAGGGUCAAUCCAGGUCUGGAGAAUUCCUAAAGAGUAUCCAAGAGUGAAUCCAGACCUGGAGAAUUCCUAAAGAAUAUCAAAGGGUGAAUCCAGGUCUGGAGAAUUCCUGAAGAAUAUCAGGAAGCUUCUGGAAUUCUUACCCAUCCUGGCCUCCUCAACACCUCCUUGAUCCUCCAGAACUCACCCUGAGGGACAGCAGCAGCAAAACCCUUUGCCCUUCACUCUGCAAGUCCCCAAUUUCUGUCUCUCCAGGUUAUUUUUUUUGGAAUCCCUUUACCCUUUGAACCCCUAAUUUUUGUCUCUCCAGGUUUUUACUUUUUUUUUGAAUCACUUUACCCUUUGAAUCCCCAAUUUCUGUCUCUCCAGGUUAUUUUUUUUUGGAAUCCCUUUACCCUUUGAACCCCCAAUUUCUCUCUCUCCAGGUUAUUUUUUUUUUGGAAUCCCUUUACCCUUUGAACCCCCAAUUUCUGUCUCUCCAGGUUAUUUUUUUUGGAAUCCCUUUACCCUUUGAAUCCCCAAUUUCUGUCUCUCCAGGUUAUUUUUUUUGGAAUCCUUUACCCUUUGAACCCCUAAUUUCUGUCUCUCCAGGUUUUUACUUUUUUUGGAAUCCCUUUACCCUUUGAAUCCCCAAUUUCUGUCUCUCCAGGUUUUUACUUUUUUUUGGAAUCCCUUUACCCUUUGGAUCCCCAAUUUCUGUCUCUCCAGGUAAUUUUUUUGGAAUCCCUUUACCCUUUGAACCCCUAAUUUCUCUCUCUCCAGGCUUUAAUUUUUUUUGGAAUCCCUUUACCCUUUGAAUCCCCAAUUUCUGUCUCUCCAGGUUAUUUUUUUUGGAAUCCCUUUACCCUUUGAACCCCUAAUUUCUGUCUCUCCAGGUUUUUACUUUUUUUGGAAUCCCUUUACCCUUUGAACCCCUAAUUUCUGUCUCUCCAGGUUUUUACUUUUUUUGGAAUCCCUUUACCCUUUGAACCCCCAAUUUCUCUCUCUCCAGGUUAAUUUUUUUUUGGAAUCCCUUUACCCUUUGAACCCCUAAUUUCUGUCUCUCCAGGUUUUUACUUUUUUUGGAAUCCCUUUACCCUUUGAACCCCUAAUUUCUGUCUCUCCAGGUUUUUACUUUUUUUGGAAUCCCUUUACCCUUUGAACCCCCAAUUUCUCUCUCUCCAGGUUAUUUUUUUUUUGGAAUCCCUUUACCCUUUGAACCCCUAAUUUCUGUCUCUCCAGGUUAUUCUUUUUGGAAUCCCUUUACCCUUUGAACCCCUAAUUUCUGUCUCUCCAGGCUUUUACUUUUUUUUUGGAAUCCCUUUACCCUUUGGAUCCCCAAUUUCUGUGUCUCCAGGUUAUUUUUUUGGAAGCCAGGAGCAGUGGAGCCCGGCCCCUCGCAGCCUCUGUCCCAGCAUGGCAGACCAGAAGCGUCUGGCCUAUUCCAUCAUCCAGUUCCUGCACACCCAACUCCAGAGUGGGAGCAUGUCCCCAGAUGCUCAGGAGAGUUUGGAAGGUGUGUGGGUGGAUCUGGCUCUGUCACGACAAAAUUUGGGAGAAUUUGGGUGUUGUUUUCCUAUUUGUUUUUUUUUUUUGUUUUUUUUGUUUUUUUUUUUUUUUUUUGCUCCCGGUGCUGAACCUUGCUGGAAUUUUGGUGUGGAUUUUUUUCCUUUUGGGAGUUACCCAGGGAUGCUUGGUGGCUGGGCUGGUUUCUGAUCUCUUCCAAGAGCAGCUUAGCUGGAGGCAGGGGUGUACCUGGGCUCCAAAGCCUCCCUGAUCCCUGCUUGGGGACUUAGAGGCUUCAUCCUCUGGGAUGAAGAGCAGAGGAGGCAGAGCCAGGAGGGUUCUGUGGGGUGGGAAAUGGGAAUUCCCGUGGUUCCAGGGAAGCUUUUUGUGCUCCUUGGGUUGUUUUUUUUUUUUAAUCUCUCCUCCUCCCCAAAAUGCCAUCCCCCAGUGUUUUUCCAGACCUUUCCAAAAGGCAAGGAGAGAACAUGGAUCUUUAAUGGUCUCCUUAAGGAGCUUAAGUGGCCAUCCAGUGCCUGGAAACAGCAUUUGGGGUCUCCAUGGAAGACCAAGGGCUGGCUGUGUCCCAGACCCUUCCCGAAAUAUUUGAAGCUGUGGCAGGGAAGGAGCUGGAGCACUCCAGAACGAACUCAGAGCCCGUCACCCCCUCAGAAGAUGACGUGGCUGAAGCUGAAAGACUCAAGACUGAAGGAAACGACCAAAUGAAGGCAGAAAACUUCGAGGCUGCCGUGUCUUUUUAUGGAAAAGCCAUCGAGUUAAACCCAGCCAAUGCUGUUUAUUUCUGCAACAGAGCUGCUGCCUACAGCAAACUGGGGAAUUACGCGGGAGCCGUGCGGGACUGCGAGCGCGCCAUCGGCAUCGACCCCGGCUACAGCAAAGCCUACGGCAGGAUGGGCUUGGCCCUCUCCAGCCUGAACAAACACACGGAGGCCGUUGUUUACUACAGGAAAGCUCUGGAGCUGGACCCUGACAACGGCACCUACAGAAGUAACCUGCAAAUAGCGGAGCAGAAAAUGAGGGACACGCCCAGUCCCACCGGCGGCCCCGGAGGCUUCGACCUGGCGGGAUUGCUGAACAACCCUGGCUUCAUGAGCAUGGCCUCAAACCUCAUGAACAACCCCCAAGUACAGCAGCUAAUGUCCGGGAUGAUCUCGGGAGGUCACAACGCCAUGGGAGGGGCCGGGAGCAGCCCCUCCACCAACGACCUGGCCAGCCUGAUCCAGGCUUUGCUCAGCAGAUGCAGCAGCAGAACCCCGAGCUCAUCGAGCAACUCCGCAGCCAAAUCCGCAGCCGGACCCCGAGCGCCAGCAACGAGGAGCAGCAGGAGUGAGUUUUCCCUUUGGGAGCCACUUCCAAGAAGUGUUUGAAUCCCUGCUCGUCCCCGGCCUGAAAUUCCUGGGAUUUUCCAACUUCUGGGAAUGAAGAUUUUGCUCCAAAUCUGGGAAUUUUUUUUUUUUUUUUGGGAAUUUCGCUGCUCCCCUCUCCAAGGAUUCCUGGGGGAAUUCAGGACUGAACUUUCCCCCCCCCCUCCUCCCCCCAAAACAUUUU